AUGUACGAGCAGGAUCAGUGGGUUGCUGCUAGCGGAGAUAGUGAUGAUCUGAGUCAAAAAUGGGAUGCUGCUGCUUCUGCGGCCAGCACUAAUCCAUAUCGAUGUGUUGUGGAUGGUGUCGAGAUGGAAUGGAAUCAGAUCAGCCAACAGUGGUUACCUGUUGUUGAGGUAAACGAGGACUUCUUGGCUCAGUAUCAUUCAAAUUAUGGCAUUCAGUACGAUUUUGGCGAAAAAGAAGGGCCAAGCACAGCAGACAAAGCGGCGGAAGAGAAGCACGAAGAAAAUUCGAAAAAGAAUGCCAAAAAACAUAAGACACACGACAAAAAUGAAAAACAAGGUUGGGUUGAAUUGGAAGACGAAAGGAACACUUCUGUGUAUGUAUCCAACUUGCCGCUGAACAUUACGGAGGAAUCAUUUGUGGAACUGAUGAGUAAAUGUGGUGUGAUACAGCGGGAUGCGAGGACAAAUAAGUUAAAAAUCAAACUGUACAAAGAUGAAGACGGGUCGUUGAAAGGAGACGGACGGUGUUGCUAUAUAAAGAAGGAAUCGGUCGAUCUGGCUUUGGAUAUUUUGGAUGGCUGGAAUGUAGAUGGGAAAAAGAUUUCGGUUGUGAAAGCGAAAUUUGUAAUGAAAGGAGAAUUUGAUCCAACCAAGAAGAAAAAGAAGCUUACAGCAGCACAGAAAAAGCGUUUCAUGGAAAGGCAGGAAAGGAUUUUUGAUUGGAAGCCAGAAAAACCACGAAAUUAUCGUCCAUUGAGCGACUGUACAAUCAUUAUGAAGAAUAUGUUUACGCUCGAACAAAUGAUGAAGAAUGCUGCACUGCUGCUGGAUUUAGAGGAAGAAACAAGAAAAGUGUGCGAACGAUUUGGAGCAGUCAAGAAAGUCGUCGUUCACGACGUAAGUUAA